AUGCACGCGCAGUGUAGCGCAGCAAACAUCGUAUCAAAGCGUCAUUUUAGAGGCGCAGUCAAGCUCAUCCCUUCAAGUCUUGCGUACUUGACGGACAUUGAGUGUGACAGUGGUGACUGUCCUUCGAACAUGGCUGACUCCGGGUCGCACGACCUCGCACUGCUGCGAAGAGUGGUCGUCGAGGUGGUUGAGAAGGCCUGCCACCUUACGUCGAAGAUCCAGAAGAAUAUUCUGCAUGAGGAGGUCCUGAAAAAGGAAGACUUCUCCCCAGUCACCAUUGCAGAUUUUGCUUCCCAAGCUCUCGUCGGGCACAUCCUCCAUCAAGCCUUUCCGCAUAUCCCCAUGGUUGGCGAAGAGGACGCGUCAGCUCUUCGUGCUGACCCGAAGCUGGCGACAAAGGUGUCAGACCAUGUGAAAGAGUUCAUUGCAGACAUCUCCUUGGAAGAGGUCCUUGGUGCCCUUGACCGUGGAAAUCAUCCAGGGGGUGAAGGUACCUUUUGGGUAUUGGAUCCCAUUGAUGGCACAAAGGGCUUCUUGAGAAAAGAGCAGUUUGCGGUUUGUCUGUGCCUUAUAGAGAACGGUGAAGUCCUGGUGGCGGCUUUGGGCUGUCCUAACCUUCCAGUAGACUCAGCCUUGCCAGACGGUGAGAAGGGCUGCGUUUUCAUUGGGGUUAAAGGGCAAGGAGCAGCCCAGAUGGACAUUUCCACAAAAAAGGAGUUCCCCAUCUGCGUGUCCAGUAGCUCGGAUGCGUCGAAGGCGACGUAUGUGGAAUCGCUUGAGUCAGGGCACUCCAGCCACGGACGUCACGCCGAAAUUGCCAGUGCUCUUGGGAUGGGGGCACCUCUUCGCAUGGAUAGCCAGUGCAAGUUUGGCGUGGUGGCCAGAGGGCAGGCGAGUCUUUAUCUGCGCAUCUCGAAGACACCGCAGUACAUUUGGGACAUUGCCGCGGGCGCGAUGAUCGUCGAAGAGGCAGGUGGCCGUGUGACGGACUUGACCGGCCAGCCCCUACAGUUCUCCCUCGGAAGGACGGUGGGGGUGGCAGCUCUCUUUGCCAGCAAUGGUCUUAUCCAUGACCAGGUCUUAGCCGCCUGCGCACCGGCUGAGGACUCUAGCCACUCGUGCUUCGUCUAA